GAGCAAGGACAGUUCACCUAAAGCUGAAGGCACUUUACUGGCAGACGGCAGUUGCUCAACACCUGACAGCUGAAUUCACUGCUUCCCUUUGAAUAUGAGUGUUUGGAUGAGUCUGGUCUGGUUUCUCUCAACAACCACAGUGCCAGGGGUGCAGAAUCGCUCACAAGUCUCAAGAAUUGUUGCGCUGGGCACUACCUUAUGAUUUGAUACCCCCACAUAGGGGUAAAUGUGAUUCCAAAACAGCUGUAAGAGAUCAGGCGCGACACGCUUGUUUCCCCCUCAGAAACUUAGACAUGCUUGUUUUCCUCUUAGAGUGGCGGCGCAGUGAUUGGCAGAUAAACGGGGCGCUUCCUUUUCCUCAUUCUAAUUGGACGUCAGCACUGUGACGCGUCAAACGCUCUUGAGUCUUAUUGGCUAGGAAUGUUUGUGAAGCCAGAGGCUCUUGGCAGUUGUGUGGGCGCUGCCCAAGGUGCUGAGUGCGUGACAGAGAGUCCCCCCAGCAACAGGCAGCGGCUAGAGAAAAGCUGCUCUCCGGCUGUGCGGGAGUCAUGACCGCCUUGGAUUGGUACGCGCAUAAGGCCCUGGGGGACGGCGUUUUCUGGAUCCAGGAGCGGUACUAUGAAUCGGGAAACCGAGCCAACAUCUGGUUAGUUCGUGGCUCCCACCAGGACCUGGUAAUUGAUACGGGGCUGGGGCUGCGGAGCCUGCCGGACUACCUGUGCGCUUCCGGGCUGCUCCCUCACGGGCACGAUGGGGGGUCGGGGCGGAGGCCUCUGAUGGCGGUGGCAACUCACGUCCACUUCGAUCACGCGGGAGGGCUGCACCAGUUCGGCCAAGUAGCGGUGCACAGGCAGGAGGCCGAGGCCCUGACCCGGGGAGAUAACUUCGAGACAGUGACGUGGCUGUCGGACAGUGAGGUGGUGAAAGCCCCGAGCCCGGGCUGGAGCGCCAGUCAGUACAAGGUUCAGUCUGUGAAACCCACUCACGUCCUGGAAGACGGUGAUAUAAUCAGCCUGGGAGACAGACAGCUCACUGUGUUACAUAUGCCCGGCCACUCUCGAGGAAGUAUUUGCUUGCACGACAGAGACCGGAAAAUCCUUUUCAGUGGGGAUGUUGCAUAUGAUGGAUCAAUGAUCGACUGGCUUCCUUACAGCAGUAUCCCUGAAUAUGUCCAAUCGUGUGAGCGGCUGAAAGAAUUAGUGGACAGAGGCCUUGUAGAGAAGGUGCUGCCUGGGCAUUUUAACACAUUCGGGGCUGAAAGGCUUCAUCGCUUGGCCUCCAACUAUAUAUCAAAUGCUGGUGUUUGCCAUAAAGUUUCAACAUGUGCAGUGAGAUCUUUUGCAAGUUUGGCCCUGCGUGUAACUAACUCAAGGAGAACUUAGAUCGGUCACAAACUAAUGUCAGGAAAGAACUGAAAAUAAGUGUUUGCUAUGCAAAAAUUCUGUUUAUCAAACCAAACAAUCUAACAGACAUUCAGAACAUAUUAUUCUCUGCACUAUUUACCACAGUGAAAUGUAUUUUUGGUGACUGAGUGCUUUGCAGACAUAUGACUUGGGUACGCAUGCAGACUGGAUAAGCACUUAUUGAAAUGCAGUGUGUUUAUUUGUAUGAGUGUGUGUGUGUGUGUGUGUGUGUGUGUGUGUGUAUAUAUAUAUAUAUAUGUGUGUGUGUGUGUAUAUAUAUAUAUAUAUAUAUUAUAUUAUCACAACAGUACAAAAUUAACUCUGCAAACACUUCAAAAAGGGAGACAAUGUGCAGAAUAAUUAUUUAUUGUAGCCAAAAAAUUAUUGUUGCACUCUGGGGACUUGCUUCAAACAAGUGUAUUUUAUUUCAUAUUAACCUUUGUCAAAAUGAUACAAUCCAAUAAUAAAUGAAUAAAUAGACGCACUGAAGAUAAAAAGGCUAUGGGCCACACUUUCAGAUUCAUGGGUAUAUACACAAUACACCAUUCUUGUAUGAUACUCUAGUGGGAAACCUGCUGGAUCCAGAAACUCAAUACAGUAUUCCCUAGGGGACUUAAUUAGGGAUGCACCGAAUCCACUAUUUUGGAUUCGGCCGAACCCCUGAAUCCUUUGCGAUGGUUCUACUGAACCGGAAUUUGCAUAUGCAAAUUAGGGGUGGGAAAGGGAAAACAUUUUUU